AUGGACGCGUUUCAGAAAGUGGAGAAGAUCGGGGAAGGCACGUACGGAGUGGUUUAUAAAGCGAAAAACAAAGUGACGGGAGAAACUGUGGCUUUGAAGAAAAUCAGGCUGGAUACGGAAACAGAAGGUGUUCCCAGCACGGCCAUCAGAGAGAUCUCCCUCCUCAAAGAGCUCAGCCACCCCAACAUUGUCAAGCUCAGAGACGUGAUCCACACAGAGAACAAACUCUACCUGGUCUUUGAGUUUCUGCACCAAGAUCUAAAGAAAUUCAUGGACUCAUCUUCCGUCACCGGGAUCCCACUUCCACUAGUCAAAAGUUACCUGUUCCAGCUGCUGCAGGGCCUGGCCUUCUGUCACUCUCAUCGCGUCUUGCACCGAGACCUGAAGCCGCAGAACCUACUCAUCAACGCUCAGGGAGAGAUCAAGCUCGCCGACUUUGGGCUGGCUCGGGCCUUUGGGGUCCCUGUGCGCACUUACACACACGAGGUGGUGACGCUGUGGUACAGAGCCCCUGAGAUCCUCCUGGGCUGUAAGUAUUACUCCACCGCUGUCGACAUCUGGAGCCUGGGCUGCAUCUUCGCUGAAAUGAUCACCAGGAGAGCCUUGUUCCCCGGAGACUCGGAGAUUGACCAGCUCUUCAGGAUCUUCCGGACACUGGGGACUCCGGACGAGACUCUGUGGCCGGGCGUCACCUCAAUGCCAGACUACAAGCCCUCCUUCCCAAAGUGGGCGAGGCAGGACCUGGCCAAAGUGCUCCCCCUGCUAGACGAGGAUGGACGAGAGCUGAUCGGAGAGAUGCUGACAUACGACCCGAACAAGAGGAUAUCGGCGAAGAAGGCUCUGGUGCACCGCUUCUUCAGAGACGUGACAAUGCCUGUGCCGCACCUGCGACUAUAA